AUGGCCUUUCUAAUGAAAAAUAUGUUGAGCAACCAGGUAAAGAAUUUGGGACUUGGAGGUGGAGGGGAAGAAAGCAAAGAAGAAAGCACUCCUUCUGAUCCAGCAGCAGCUGCAGGAAUGACCAGAGAGGAGUAUGAGGAAUAUCAAAAGCAAAUGGUUGAGGAGAAGAUGGAAAGAGAUGCGGCGUUUGCACAGAAAAAGGCAGAGCGAGCCUGUCUGAGGGUUCAUCUGAGGGAGAAGUACAGACUCCCUAAGAGUGAAUUGGAUGAGAAUCAAAUACAGAUGGCUGGAGAUGAUGUGGAUUUGCCAGAAGACCUCCGGAAGAUGGUGGCAGAAGAUCAGGUGGAGGAAGAGGACAAGGACUCUAUCCUGGGACAGCUGCAGAACAUCCAGAAUAUGGACAUGGAUGCGAUCAAAGAAAAGGCACAAGCCACCUUCAACGAAAUGAAACAGGCUGCUGAGCAGAAAUGUUCAGUGAUGUAG